ACGUUCAAAUACUAUUCGUGGAGAUGGCAACGGAUCUAAUGUGACUUGACAUAAACUGACAUUUAAAAUCAAAGAAAAUUGUUUUGAUUAUGUGUCAUCUAAAUUCCGACGUACAUACCAUAUAUAACCGACUAAACUCUAGCAAAACUACUGAUUUAUUGUAAUUCUUUUUCUUUAACGCGUUGUAUAUUAUUUUAUUCGUAUAAAAAUGUAUGGCCUGAAAUUACGCCGAAAUUUCGAGUCCACAUUUGGCAAAAUUGGAGCAGCCAAGAGGUUCAAUGCAUGCGGUGUCCGAUUCCUACGUGAACCGUUGCAACCCCUGAAACGAUGUCCGAGAUGGGUCUGCGUAGAGGACGCGGUGAAAAUUAUCAACUCAGAGCACCUGGUAUUCAUACAAGGAGGUGCAGCGACGCCGAACGAGCUGAUACGCGCUAUGACCGAACACGGAGUCUGCAACAACCUCCGCGGGGUGCGAUUGAUCCACAUGGGCCUCGAAGGAGAUGCGCCGUUUGCCAGUCCUGAAUUUGAGAAACACUUUAGAUCGGUGAGCUUCUACAUCGGCUCGAAUCUGAGAGAGGCCGUGAACGAUGGCAGAGCGGAUUACAUCCCGAUAUUCCUGCACGAAGUGCCGAAGCUGUUCUACGAGAAGAGGAUCGUCCCGGACGUCGCGCUGAUCCACGUCAGCGUACCUGAUGCUCGCGGCUUCUGUUCCUUGGGCGUAAGCGUAGACUGUACGCGCGCCGCAGUCAGUUCGGCCAAAGUGAUCAUCGCUCAAGUCAACGAACACAUGCCGAGGUCGUUCGGGGACACUGUUAUCCAUUCCAGCCACAUCGACUGGGCGGUGAAAUACGACUGCCCCUUGCCGUGUGUAGCCAGUACUCCCCCGAACGAGAUCGAACAAGAAAUCGGCAAACUCAUCGCACAAAGACUCGUGGACGACGGGGCGACCUUGCAACUCGGCAUCGGCAAUAUACCGGAUGCCGUUCUCUGUUCCCUUGGCAAUCACAAGGAUCUGGGGAUUCAUACAGAAAUACUCGGCGACACGAUGGUGGAUCUCGCUGAGCGAGGCAAUAUCUCAAACAGAAUGAAGAUAAAGCACAGGGGACGGAUGGUCACUUCCCUGGCGAUCGGUACCAAAAGAGUCUAUGAUUUCUUGCAUAACAAUCCAUUCGUAGAAAUGCUUGCGAUCAACUACGUGAACGACCCCCGAGUGAUAUCCCAACAGCCGAAGAUGACUGCCAUCAAUUCCUGCAUAGAAAUGGACAUCACCGGCCAAAUAUGUUCAGACAGUUUAGGCUGUAAGAUGUAUUCUGGGUUCGGUGGUCAACUGGACUUUACUCGAGGCGCGGCGAUGGGUCAGGAUGGCCGAGGAAGAGCUAUAAUCGCGUUUCCCUCGGUGACCAGCAAAGGAGAGAGCAAGAUACAGCCCGUAAUCAAGCUUGGUGGUGGAAUCGUUGUGACCAGGGCCCACGCGCAUUACAUCGUCACCGAGCACGGAAUAGCAUGUCUCUUCGGGAAAACGUUACGUCAAAGAGCGAACGCGUUGAUUCAGAUUGCCCAUCCCGAUCAUAGGGAAUGUCUCGAGAAGGCUGCGUUCGAAAGACUUAAGAGUAACCCGACCAAGUAUUUGUAACACGCACGACUCGUCGCAUACGUCAUUAUUGGAAACUCUGCUGACCCGUCGAAAGAAGUGUCUCAUUAUCGCAACGUUUAGCUCUUAUCUUUAGUCACCGUGACAAAAUUCUCGUGUCGAAUCUUGAUCGUCUUUUUUAAAGAAAUAUCUUUUUUAUAUUCACUUGUUAUAUCCACUUUGAAUAAAUUUAUACAUAUAUUUCUAA